AUCAAAUAUGCAUGAAGCUUACUUGGAAGUGAAUAAAGUGCGAACCAAGGUGACUACUUUUGGAAGAUGGGUCGAAGAAUCACCAAAGACUUCAGAAGACAUUGAAGAUAUUGUACUAAUCAUCCCAGGAAAUCCUGGUAUAACCAGUUUUUAUAAUAUCUUUGCUAAAACACUCCAUGACAAAUUGGGGUAUCCUGUUUGGUGCAUUGGACAUGCUGGUCAUAAUUUUCCAGAUCAGCCCAUAAUGAUUCCCAAAUUAGAAGUUAACAAGGAGCUGUAUGGACUGAAAGGCCAAAUUCAGCAUAAGGUGGAUUUCAUUGAAAAGUAUCUAAGUGGAAAUGUAAGGCUACACUUGAUAGGACAUUCAAUAGGUUCUUACAUGAUUUUGGAACUGUUGGAACAUCCAUCUCUAAAAGACAAAGUAGCUGAUGUAAGCCUUCUUUUUCCCACAAUUGAACACAUGGCCACAACUAGUAAUGGAAAGUUUAUGACUGGUUUUGUUAAACACAUAGUUUGGUUGAUAGUUUUCCUAUCUUGGUUCUUCACAGUACUUCCCAGUGCACUUCAGUUCAUUCUAGUAUACAUUUAUAUGACUAUAGUAGGAAUGCCUAAUCCCAAUUUGGAUAGUAUCAUGGAUUUGGUCAAACCAGGGGUAUUGAAAAGGGUUUUCUUCUUGGCUUAUGAAGAAAUGGAUCAAGUAAAAGAGAGAAACAAUGAAGUGAUCAAAAGAAAUUGUGCAAAGAUCAAUUUUCACUAUGGGGUCAAUGAUGGUUGGGCGCCAAAAAGUUUCUGUGAUAGAUUGAAAAAUGACAUUCCCAAUGUACAUGCCCAGACUAGCAAUAUCAAUCAUGCCUUUGUAUUGAAAAGGAGUGUAGAAGUAGGGAAGAUUGUUGCUGAUUGGAUCAAAGGGAAACAGUAGCAUAUACAUAUAGAUCAAGGGUUACAUUACAGUAUUUGUUAACAAAUCAAAACAACUCAUUAUUCAAUGAUACUUUUUAUCUAGGAAAUAGGCUUCACAUUCAAUGCUGUGGUAUUUAUUUUUAUUUAUAUUUUAUACUUAUGGAAAAUGGAAAUAUAUUCUUUUUAUAGAGUA